AUCACUUGAUCAUAUUCACGUGAUUGUGUGUGAUGACCAAUUUCUACCGGCUAAGAUCAUUGAGUCAGUUGGAGUCCUUCAUUCCUCCAUGGAGCGAAAUGAUCAAAGUGACGAUGCCGGUCUUGCAGCAGUCUUCUUUGGAAUCCACCAGGGAAAAUACAUCAUCAAAAAUGCAAACGUAAAGGCCCAGAAUGCUUUGAAGGAAGUCAGCCAUCUUCAGGCAUUGACAGAGAAUGUGAAGAAGAUUGAUGAGUUCAUGGAGUCCAUGCCAGAGUGUCACAUGGAAACGUUCGAUUGGGAAACUGCUUCGAAACUGGGAGUGGAUACUUUUCAUUCUUUAUCAGAGGCUUUCACCAAGGGUGGAUCACAGGUUGCAUCAUCAUACAAGAGUGUGAUCUCAACUGCAAAGAAAUCUUUGUCAGAUUUCGUGACCGCGGUCUCGAAGGCUUUCAUUCUCGGACAAGGACUUCCAUGGUUCCAGCCAGCAGCUACCAAAUUCUUGGACACCAAAACAAUUUCCAGUCUUCCAACCAUGCAGUUUUCCAAUUGGAAGCCAAUAUCAGGAAGCAAAUGUGUGAGUUCCGAUGCAACAUCAAUCAUGAAGAUUGCCUUUGACACUGAAUCGCUGAUUCAUCAGAUCGAAGAUACUUUCAAAUCAGUUAUCAAGGACAAUUGUGAAACCUCGGCGCCUGUGAUCAUGCGGUUGGUUGAUUCGAUCAAUCGUUACCAAACAGGUUCUUUGAAAUCCAUCACGUCGAUUGGAUUGGCUAGUGAAAGUUCGCUUGCAUCCUUUGAGAACAUGAGGGAGAUUGUUUGCAAGAUGACUCACCAACAAGUACAAGACACACUGCAUAUAGCAAUCAAACAGAUUGGCAUCAUCAUGGCCAAGGUGGAGAAGCCACCACUAUCUGCAGAAGAUGUGCAUGCAGUAUCAGCAUUAUCCGAAAAGAUGUGUUUGUUGAGCACUCGGCUUCCAGAUGCUGACAAUCAGGAGGAUGUCAAAUUGCUCGGCUUAUGCAAGGUCUUUGUGACAUGUAGCAAUGCCAAAGACUUAGCUGUCAAAGAACCAGAUUCACGCGAAGGGCUCGAGCAGUUCAUUCGGCCACUGAUGGAGUUGCAUCGUGUUUUCAGAACACCAGGCUCAGGGAAGGCCAAGGUGACUACACAGCCAGAACACCAGAAGGCAUGCUUGACGUCAAUCCAUGACAGUCUCAGUCGCAACAGCACUGACUUCAAAGAUGCAUUUCCAGAUUUCGGUACAUUUGAAACAUGCUUUCUGGACUUGGAGAACAGUGCAACAUCUUUGAUGACCAAACGUUGUGAGUACUAUGAGAAGGAUACCACUCAGUCUGUCAAGAACCUUGAAGCCAUGUUGAAAGUGAUUCCUGAAAUCAAUCCUGAUGAACCUGAUCAGUUUCUCAAAGCAAUUGAGUCAGUUCAGCAAAAGUUGUUGGACACAUGCGAUUCGUCAGCAGAGAUUAUCAUCUCAGUAGAGAAAGACCUUUCGGCUUUCAACUGUCAACCGUCUGACAUUUGCGCCAAUCUUUCGGAGUUGAAAGCAUUGCAUCAUCGUGCAACGACAUUGCUUGGUGAACAAUCAGCCGCAGUGCUGUUAAAUCUACCGACAGGGAAGAAAUGCAUUUCCCAGAGUGUCAAAGCGAACGGCAGACUGAAGGCUAUGCUCAAUGUAUUGAGCACGAACUGUCAGGAGAAGAAACUUGAUAUCAAUGCAACUUUGCAUGCGCGAGUUACAUCGUUGCUGUAGCUUCACUGCUUCAAUACGACGAUGUACAGAUGUAACAUAGUGGCUGAUUUUACAUGUGCUAGAUACACUGCGAGGUGUAGCGUGUAUGCAAUGCACAGUCACAGAAAUCCCUGCGGCGAUGUCACUUCACGAUGAAACGGAUUGAUUGAUC